AGCAUGAAAGGUUAGGCCUUCUGUCACAGCCUCACAGGAUUUUAUCCAGACCCCAGCCGUGAGAUUGCAGAGGCAGCCUUUUCUUAAAUUGUAUAAAUAGCAGCUAAAUCUGCAUGAAAUGGAAGCUGAGAUUUUGCAGUUUGCAUCAAGACUUGCCAUGGCAGUUGAAACUGUGAUGAAUCCGGCUGUUGAGCGUGAUGAUCGGUUGAAGGCACACCAGCUAUGUGAAGAAUUCAAAGAGUCUUCACCAUUUUGUGCUCAGUGUGGAUUACUACUGGCUUCUAAGGAUAAACCACACGUAAUAAGAAACUUUGGUCUUCAGCUGAUUGAACACUGUGUAAAGUAUCGUUGGAAUGCCAUGUCACCAGAGGAGAAGAGUUUUAUAAAGGAUAAUGUCAUGGCUUUGCUUGCCAGUGGAAGUGAGGAUAUCCUUACUGAACAAAGUCACAUAAAGAAUGUCCUGUCCAGAAUUGUGGUUGAGAUGGUUAAAAGAGAAUGGCCUCAGCACUGGUCCACACUGUUAAGUGAACUGGAUACUCUGUGUAAAAUUGGGCCUACUCAAGUUGAACUUGUACUCCUUAUCUUCUUGAGGCUGGCAGAGGAUGUGGUGGCUUUCCAAAAUUUCCAGACUCAGCGAAGAAGAGAGAUCCACCAGGCUCUGACAGGAAACAUGAGCGCUAUUUACAGCUUUAUGUUGACAGCAUUACAAGAGCAUGUCACAAAAUAUAAAGAUUUACAAAAUGAUGGCUCUUCCCCCGAUAAUCCAGAGUUAUUGGUGCACUGUAAGGUGGCUCAAGCAGUCCUGAUGGCUCUGACUGGGUACCUGGACUGGAUCAGCUGGUCUCUGGUCUUUGCUAACAAUGACAUGCUGCUAUUACAAUAUCUGUGUCUGCUGCUCAGUGAUUCCAGUCUGCAGUUACAUGCUGCGGAAUGCCUCCUGAUCAUAGUGAAUAGAAAGGGUAAACUGGAAGACAGAAAGCCAUUAUUAGCUUUAUUCAGUGAAGGUGCUAUGAGUACAAUAUUAAGUGCAGCACAGGCAGCCUUACAUGUAUCACUGAAUGAAUACUACUAUCAGUUCCUUAAGAAAUUAUGCCAAGUUUUGACAGGAAUUGGAACCCAACUCUGUGCUUUAUGGGGUUCCAGUGAUGAUAUUGGCCAACCAGAAAACUUUGGAAAGUAUCUAGAAGCAAUUCUUGCACUGACUCAACACCCCAGUCAGAUGCUUGGCAGCUACACACACUCCUUGCUUGCAUCAUUCCUGAAGCAUGAACACAUCUCCAAGGAUCCUGUAAUGGUGGCCACAAUAGACAAGAUCCUGAGUAUAUCUUCCCAAGCUCUAAUGAAGGUUGGCUUUCCUUCUCACAGGAACCACCCCAGCUGUGAUUAUGCAAGAUUGGAUUUUGACUGUGAUGAGGACUUCAAUGUGUUCUUCUCCAGAUAUAGGGCAGAAGUAGUCGAAACACUGAGGUUGGUGACAUUGAUUGCUCCUGAUGUAACCUUUCAGUAUACCAGUUGCUGGCUCCAAACACUGCUUCAGAAACCUUUAGAUCUUGGAGAUGGCCCAGAGACAGGGCACUGUAAUCUCAGCUCCCCUGCCUUUCUGGAGUGGGAUGCCCUGGUUGCCAUGUUGGAGAGUGUCAUGUCCCGUCUGAAGUCCAGUCCUCACCCACAACCCCCUGUCACGGAUGGCAUACAACUGUUUAAGGCAGUGCUCAACUACCAGACCCAGGAUCCCCUUAUUUUGUCUUGUUUGCUGUCAUGCAUUUCUGCACUGUUCACCUACAUCACAUAUGCGCCAGAUACACUGCCUACAGUGUUGGACAAAAUAUUCACCACGGUGUUGUUUAACCUGGGAUGUCAGACCAAGGCCACCAGGAGCCGAGCUGUCAAAAAUGUUCGGCGACAUGCGUGCUCAAGCCUGGUGAAGAUAUGUAAGCAAUUCCCAGAACUACUGCUUCCUGGCUUUGACCAGUUGUACACACAUAUCAAGAAACUCAGUGAUGAUCCUGCCCAGCUUUCACAAAUGGAAAAAUGUACACUCAUGGAAUCUCUUAUCCUUAUAAGUAAUGAGUUCAAGAACUAUGACAAGCAGUCUGCAUUUCUAGCUGACAUCUUGGCACCAGUAAGGGAAAUGUGGCUAUCACAGGAUUUCAGAGAAGCCUUUUGGUCUACAGAAAAAUUCAUGUCCUACAUAGGAAUAGACAGGGCACCAGUAGAACCCAGCUCAGCUGAUACUUGUGGCAUUAACAGGUCACAUAUUCUUUACUGCAUAUCCACAAUCCUUGCCGUCCUGAAACGAAGCACAUGUCCUGCUAAGAGUGAGGUAGCUGCCAGUGGUGGGUUUGUGUUGUGUGAGACAGCAGCAGGUGCUCCUGCUUACAGGAACCCUGCUACGGCACACAUUCUACCACUGCUGGUCAACCUACUGGCCCUGCUCAGGGUUUUCAAUGAGCUGUGGUUCCCUCAGUAUUCUUCAAAGCGGCAUCCGGAGUUUUACAAGGCCUAUGAUCUGCAAGAAACUGAAAAGUUGAUUUUGCUAGGAAUCCAACCACCUUUUAUAGAUAAUACAGAUAAUGCAGCUUCUAAAGAUCCACUCAAGAGGAUGCAGGGGUUCAUCAACUCAGCACAUGAUAAUUCCUAUCACAUCUUGGGCAAUUGCUGUAGCAGUCUUGGCUAUGAAUUCUACAGAAUGCCUGACUUGGCACAAUCUAUUAUAAGUCAUGUCUUCCACAACUUAGAAGUUGUUCCAGAUUACAGACUUAGACCCAUCAUUCGUGUAUUCCUGAAGCCAUAUAUUCACUGCUGUCCAAAGGAAGAAGGGUUUUAUACUGCAGCAAUUAUACCAUUGCUGGAAACCUUGGCACCAUUCAUGAUGCAGAGAUUAGAAGAGAGAUGGCACACUAUCCACCAAAGAGCUGAAGAACAACAGGAGGAAGAUGACAACCCUGAGUCCCAAGAGGUGGUGGAGGACCAGCUGACCAGACAGUUGACUAGAGAAUAUAUAGAUCUGAUAGCUUGCAUAUGUCUUCCCCGCCGUUUUGAACCAUCUGAUGAUAGCACAAUGGAGGAGGAUGAGCCACAGACAAGCAGUAAGGAAGAGGGAGUCAGUGAGCUAGGGAUGUUGGUGCUCAAAUCUAGUGCAAUCUGGUCCCAGGUGGUGCUGUGUGUUUUCACAGGUCUGACAUGGCGUGACACCAAUACCUGCAACAAGUGUAUCAAUUGCGCAUGGCCAUUACUAAAACAGUUGGUGGGAGAUAAGACAUUAUCAGGGGAAGAUGCUAAGUUUCUGUUCCACAGAGUCUUAACUGCUUUGCAGAUCCAUGGUGAGCAUGAAGCUUGUCAGUCACACUUGAUAGGCUUAGGGCUCCAGGCAUAUGAAGCAUUGAGGCCAUCUUAUCCUGGUGUCACCAGCAUAUUGGAACAAGUGCCCCAGGUCACUCCAGAGUCAAUAAAGGACUUUGAUGAUAAAUUUCUGUCAAAUACAAAGCAAAAACAAGCAAGCGAAAAAAGGAAGAAAGAUGCCUUUAAAAAGCUAGUGUCUGGAAUAAUUGGGCAAAAUAUUGGCCAGCAGUUUAGAAAGGACACAAACAUAAAGAAUCUACCGCCUGUUUUUAAGAGAAAGAAGCCCUCACCUCCAAGUCCAGAGGGCCUGGCUGCGUUGUUUAAUCCAGAAAAACAGAAUGGCCAAUGACUUCCAUAGCAGUAUUUGUUGGAUUAUAUAUUAAAAUUAUGCUGCCUUAUAUUGAUGCUUAAUGUGUGUUGGAGUGAUACUUGUAUAAGACUCUACAUAGAGAUUGUCACACUAUCCACAUGAGAAGUUUCUACAAGCAUAAGUGAUUAUAUAGAGACACAAUAUGUGCAGUACAACAAAAGUGAUUUUGCACUUGAUUUCCACUGAGUACAAAUACAAAAAUGGAAUUACUUUAAAUGACUUUCUUUGCUCAUGGGAAUGAGUAUGCAUGGAAUUGAACACAUUUCUGUGCUUAGCUAAAUGCAUGUGAAUUGGGCUUGUGAUUGAAAGGAGGUUAAGUGAAAGAUAAAAGUCUUUUCAGUCUGGAUUUCACAUGCCUUUUUUUAGAAAUAUAUUGAUUAUUUGCCUUUAAAACAGUCAUUUAGUGUGCAACUAUCUUAAUUUAUUUGGAUAUCAGUUGUGCAUUCUACCACUUCAGCAGUGUUUUUCACCAUCAUAACCAUAUACAGUAACUGUUAAAUUCAGGCUCUUUUACAGGCAUCCACAUGGGGUUUGAAGCUUCUGCAAAAAUAAGUAGCAAUUAAAUACAACAUGAACAAUCAGGGUAUACUGGUAGCAAUAAACCAAAUAUUACAGCACCUGUGUUAUGAUCUUCAGAAAGUUGAAAAUACUCCAAAGCAAGAAUAUGUCUAAAAACCGGAUGGUCUCUCUCUUUCUGACAUUCCUUCCCAAUAUUAUUUCUAAGUUGAUAAAAUGUGAUUUGUAAAUAUCCUGUAUUGCUUCAAAUGGGAGGAGUAUAAAAUUUGUAAGAAAUCAAAAUCAGAGCCAAUUUAUUUAUUCUUAUGCUGGGAAUUUGAAUAUGCGUUUAAAAUGGAAAAAAAGUCGAAUGAGAAGUAUAAAAUUUGUAAGAAAUCAAAAUCGGAGCCAAUUUAUUUUUUCUUAUGCUGGGAAUUUGAAUAUGUGUUUAAAAUGGAAAAAGUUGAAUGAAAGGCAUUGGCAACGUUUCUUAUACUCGGGGGCAGAUCCAGAAUUAUUUGAAGCGGGGUCUGGAUCGACAGACCUCAGAUGCAAAGCCGACCAUCGCCCCCUUGGUGUGGGGUUUGGGGCCUGCUCAAGGGCCCCGAAUAUUUUUUGGU